AAGGUCUAGAUUUUUUAAGUGCAUCAGCUGUAGUGGAAAACUCGGGGUAGAAGAGAAAAGUUGGUUAGUCAUCAUCGGCGAGAACUGCUUCAGAGCGAGCGCGUUAGAUUCGGACAGUGUGUGGUCUGGCUGUAUAAAAACUCUCGUCGUGGUUCUAGAAGAAUCGACCCCAGAUUCUGAUUUCGAAGGAGAAACACUGUUCGCAGCGAGCUGCUUGUGUUAAUCAUACAACUACAUUUGCUUUCGUGCUAUCCACUGACGGCUCACAAUGAAUAGUAUAGUUAGUUUGCUGAGUAACUUUAAGGAGUUCUACAGUGAGAUCAAUGGUGCCACGUUGACUGGUGCAAUAGACGUGGUGGUGGUAGAACAGCCUGAUGGUUCGUACCAGAGUUCUCCGUUCCACGUGCGGUUUGGUAAGUUGGGAGUGUUGCGGAGCCGCGAGAAAGUGGUGGACAUCGAACUGAAUGGCGAACCAGUAGAACUGCAGAUGAAGCUAGGUGACUCUGGCGAAGCAUUCUUCGUGGAAGAAUGUGACGAAGAUGAUAGCGAAGUGCCCGCGCACAUGGCGACCUCGCCCAUACCAAGCCAUUCGUACCUGACCAACUACGAUGGCGAUGGAAACUGUAGUGGAGGACCAAUGUUCAAAGGAGCAGCGGGUAUGAAUGAUUCAAGUGGCUCUGUAGGACCCGUUGAACCUGGUGAGGGUAUGGUCAUGAUGCUUGGAACAGCAGCAACAGCAACAGCAGCAGCAGUAACUACCGAGUCGAACGUGGCUGCUCUGGCAGAUACGGAAGAACCGAUGCUCCGACCUAGGCGUAAUUCAGUUGAUCUCUCGAAUGAAAACACCGAUCAAGAAAGGGCCAAAUUUGAAAACCAAAGAUCCGAGUAUCGCACUCGCAGACAUACAGAUAACGUAACUAAUCGACCGGAUCUAUCUUUAACAAAAAGAGAGUAUACCAUGCAGAAGCUACGGCAGGAGUGGGAGGCCGCUGCGGAAGCAGAACAGGAGCAGAUCUUUCACAUGGAAGGUUUAGAUGAUGAGGCUAGUUCAGCUGACUGGCGAAACAGUACACUGCUGCCUGCAUCUAAUAACGACAAUGGCGGUGGCGACAACCAGGAUAAUCAGCUAGAUGAAAAACAAUUUAAACCUAUCGAUGCUCAACCGUCUGUCACUACGGGGGGCGCAGUAGAAGUCGCUUCUACUAUAAACACUUCGGCUACGGCCGAAGGCGUGGUGGAUUCAAAGUCGAAGAAAAAACGCAGGAAGAAAUCGAUUUUGAAAAAGAAAAAUGCUCAAAGGAAAGGAUCUAUUGGGAGUAGUUCUGGAGGAGGUUCGAAUCACUCCGAUCAAAACGAUGUUACGGAGACCGACAGUCAGACUACCACCGUCUCACAGGUAACCGUAUCGUCAACGAGCAAUGGUUCUACACAAGACGUGAACAACGGCACUGUUCAGUCUUCGAAGGACGAGGAAACGAACGUGUCGUCCAUCCCUAUAAGGGAAGGGCGAGAAACUCCCGAUCCGUGUGCUACAGUAUUGGCAGCUCCGCAUCACACAGAGUUGGACAUUCACUUUUUCAGCGACACGGACAUUGGUACGGGCGUGAGCCCGCAACAAUCGCGUCCAUCAACACCAAUUCAAAGCGAUACCGAGUUUGAAAUGUCACAACGGGUGAAAACGGAAACGGAAGAUGAACGGUUGUUGUAUGAUUCAUGGAAAUGGGGUGAACUGCCGACGAAACCCGAUGCAAAAGCUGGUGAUCUUGAAGGAACUAUUGUCUCGAGCAAACAAGCCCAGCACAACUCCAUGCUGAAUGGGCUAAUGAGCUUUAUGAAAUACAACAACAAGAAAAAGCGUCAGAGCGUACCGGACGGUCUUUAUCUAUCGGAUCUGGACAAACUGCGCGAGCCAGAAGUAGCACAGCUAUAUUUUCCGCCUCUCUCUAUGCUAAAGCAGCAGCAGCAACAGCAACAGCAGAACCGCUCUGGUGGAAGCGGAGACGAUGAAGAUCGCGAGAGUGGCAAUGGAACAUCAAUACCGCACAGUCCAACCUCGAUGGAAGAAGGUUCGGGAGGAAGCAAGGGUAUUGAUUCGGAUUUCGAUGAGCAUACCAAUCGAUCUAGACAAAAUCAAGCAUCAGAGGAAGAGAGCUUCGCCGGAAGAGGUCGCCACUCCACUGAAACUAUUGCCCUAUCGAUGUGCGGUGGAUUGGACAGUGCCACCGGUGGUCCAUCCGAUGAACAGUUUGAGCGCCAUCGUCUGCAAUACAGCAAUGUUCUCGCAGAUCCAAGUGUUUUUGCUGCUCCCGAAUUGGUAGUUCGUGUGGAUGGCAAGUAUUAUAGCUUUGCGGAAGCUUGUCCACGAGUCAUGACAUUAUUGGCAUUCCAAAAGACGCUCCCUGAUCAGGUGCUUGGAAGUAAGAAGAUGGAACCAUCAGGCAUUUUAUCAGAUGCUGAGCAUAACAAUGCCGAAAAGAGUCAGACGGCGAUCGAAGUCCAG